AAUCUUCCCAACAAUCUCAUCAUUUCUUAUGUUUCCCUUUUCAUCUCAAUUCCAACUCUCUCUAAAACAUUAUUCUUUGAGAAUUUUCAGUUUUGCUUCUGGAGCCAAAAAUGGAGCCCUCAAUUAAAUGUGCCUUUUUUGGCUGCCUAUUGAUUGUGCUCUUGCCUGCUCUGUGCUACUCUCAAGACAAUUUUGUUUACUCUAGAGCCACUUAUUAUGGCAGCCCUGAUUGCUAUGGAACACCAUCUGGGGCUUGUGGAUUUGGUGAAUUUGGAAGGACUGUGAAUGAUGGCAGUGUUGCUGCAGUUUCCUAUCUCUAUAGAAAUGGUUCUGGUUGUGGUGCAUGCUACCAGGUUAGGUGCACCAAUCCAAAAUAUUGCAGUGGAAGUGGAGCAUUUGUAGUGGUGACAGACCAUGGUGAAGGGGAUUACACUGACUUUAUAUUAAGCCCAAGAGCCUAUGCAAAAUUGGCUCAUCCAAACACAGCCUUAGAAUUGUUCUCAUAUGGUGUUGUUGAUGUUGAAUUCAGAAGGGUUUCUUGCCAAUACCCUAAUUACAAUACACUCAAAUUUAAGGUUCAUGAACAUAGUAGAUACCCUGAUUAUUUGGCCAUUGUUAUCAUUUAUGUUGCUGGAAAAAAUGAUAUCACUGCUGUUGAAUUGUGGCAGGAGGAUUGCAAUGAAUGGAAGGGGAUGAGGAGAUCCCAUGGAGCUGUUUGGGACAUGGCAAACCCUCCUAAAGGAGACAUAAAAUUGAGAUUUCAAGUGAGUGGAAGUAUGGGAUAUGGAAGAUGGAUGGUGGCAACCACUGCUCUCCCAACUUAUUGGAAGGCAGGAGUUGCUUAUGACACUGACAUUAACCUCUAUUAAUAGGACUUGCUUAUAAUAUAUUUAUGUUAUGUGUUUUAUUAUGCAAAUGAAGAGUAGGAGAUCAAAUUAUUUAGCAUAUAUAUAUAUAUAUAUAUAUGUAAUACAUAAGUUAUGGUGAUUUUGGUUUUGGUUUUUAUGUGGGGAAUUUUGUUUAAGUUGUUAUUUUGUGGCUAUUUAUAUGGUUGGGUGGUGAAUAUAUAUAUAUAUAUAUAUUUCUAGGGUUGUUGUAAUGCCCAAUGAUGUGAUUUGUGUACUUUUGGAAAUUAUGGUAUGUGGUGGAAAGAAAUAUGAAUAAAACUUCAACUUUUUUGUUUAUGGAUCAAAUAA